AUGCCCACGCAGCUAGACGAGGAGGAUCUGUUCGCCGACGAGAACGACGACUUCGGCUUAGGAAAUACGACUAAAAGCAAAGAGAAACAACCGGGAAAACGGGCGGAAGUUGUUGUGAAGGAUGAAGAAGACGAGGACCUGAUGCAACAUAUUGCCUCCUUCAGCCAGCGCGUCAAACAAGGCGGCGGCGGGAACCGGGUCGAUGAUUUUGGCACGACUCUGACACCCCGGAACCCCUUCGAAGAGUUUCUUACUACUCAAUGCGGGUGCGAGUUGCGCAAGAGCGACGGCGAGGAGUACGUUUGGCUGGCUGGCGACAUGACGCACUCGGGCCUACUGCUCAAGCUGAACGAGCUGCUGUCCGACGAACAGAAAUGCGGCAGACUUUUGCCCAAGAUCCAGAAGGCGUUCAACGAACGGAAGACACUCACCAUACUGCUGGCUCCGAUUCGAACACAAUUCGGGCCGCAAGAUACCAUCAUUCGAGCGCUGCUGCUCACGCCCGGCACACAGACGGCCGUAUUUGGCUACUUGCUUGAAGCCGUGGAAAAGCAUUCGGAGGGGGCGCAGGAUGAUGCCGAACAAUUGGGACUGCUCUGUGUUGCACAGAUUCGCUACCUAGACUACGUCGUCGAUUCUGGUGCGCUGGCGAUGGGCGUCAUCAAUCGCGAUUUCUCAAAGUGGAUCCCGACUGUCCGGGAUGAAUUGGUCCGCGCGUUGCCUGAGGUGAUCCCUGACAGCCUAAAUCAACAAGAAGUGGCGCUUCGUCUUCGGAAUCUGGUGCUCGAACGGGACCCAAAUCUCCAAAAAAGGGGUUUCCGCCAGGCCGCGUUGAGCAGUUUGUCGCUGCUCUGGACCAGUCCCUCGAUUGCUGAAGAGAUUGCCCUCUCGUUGAUCAACAAUAUUAACUCCUACGAUGCUGCAUCGAUAGCCCAGGUGAUUGAAAUCGCACUGAACUCGGCUGAAACGCUCGGGCCGGGCGGCCUGUUGAAGAUCCUCGGCGCUGUCAGGGACAGUUUGCGCGUCGAGUCGAUGAAGAUCGACAAAGAGGAUUCGAGCGGCAAGGCCCUCGACGAGCUGGUGUGCGAGAUCUUCAUGAAGUUCCCCGCUACAUGCGAUUGGCUGGCGCGAAAAAACGGUCCUGCCACGUCAGAGGACGCUAACAGCGACGACGGGCCACAAGACGAGGGUGAAGAUGUGGAAAUUGAGGAGCAAUCGGAGAAUCUGGGCGAACAAAAGGCGUUCACGCUGUUCGAGCUUCUCCUCGCCAUCUCGCUGCUCUCCCAGGAAAAUUGCCCGCCCGAGAUCGAGCAAGCGCUGAAAAAUCCGGCCGGCGACCUCGCCACCCUUGAUCAAUUCAAGGAGACGGUCAGCCGCGCGUUUAAAUUUAAAAAGUUCGUCAUCCGGAAUCGCGAGGGAAUUCUUCGGCUGGCCAACCGGCUGCUCUGGUCAAACGACGAGCCGAUCCGCGAAAUUGGAGGGCUCAUCUAUGCCGGGACGAUUCAAGCCGUUGGCGUUAAUAACUCGAAGGACGUCCUCUCCAAGCUACUUGACCACCUCACAAGAAACGAUGGCGAAGCGGCAGCGUGCUUGGCGGCCCUCGAAUCACUCGUCGAAAACGCGCUUCCGGCCCUCAAGCCGAAUUUGGACACGCUGAAGGAGAGCCUCGACUCCCUUUCCCAACUCUCCGGGGCGAACUGCUUGCGCUUGUUCCGGCUGCUCGUCUCCAUCUACACGAAUGACGUCGACUGCGAGAAGCUGAGGACGGAAGUGUGCGAGUCGAUCGAGCGCUUCUCGCGUGCCCCGAACCCGCGCUCCAAGCUCUGGGCCAUCCUCGGGCUCAUCACCCAAUUCGAGGCGGCCUUCAACUCAAAAGCUUCUACCCGUGAGGCAUCGAUCUCGUCGGUGCUCACCUCGAUCGACCAAAUCUCUACCGGAAAUCCGCUGCUCCGAGCCGUUUCAUACCGUUUCCUGGCCGACAUCUUUCGGCGUAAUGGGCGUGCGGCAAAGUCGGGCUCCUUGCAAUCCUGGGCCCGGAAGCUGUGCGACUCGUUCAAGACCGACUUCUUCAAAGAGCGCCCGGUCGACUACGUGGCGGCGAUGCGGUUGGAAGAUGACACCUACCGUAUCCCCUCCACCAGAUGGCUGUCCGUAGAGUCGGAGCGUUGGCCAGAAUUUGUGCCGUUGCUUGAUCUCGUUGAACAGUUGUCAUUGCUCGACGCUCGGUGGAGCCACGGCAACGCGAAGGAGGCCGAGAAGGCCCAUUGGAGCGAGAUCAACUUUGUUUUUGAAGCCAACCUUGCUGCCGACCGUAUCGACGAGCAGGCCAUGGGAUCGGAGGAGUCGGCGCUGAUCUCGAUGCGCGAGUGCUUCUUCAUGGUGCACGCCUUGUAUUCGAUCCUGAACACGUUCGCGCCGAGCGCGGAGGCAACCGCCGAGAAUUUGGCGAAUAUCCAGAAGAAGUACGCGCUGCUGGACGAUUGUUUGAAGCGGCUGAUGACAUAUGUGCUUGACGCCAAUGAGUGGAAAGUGCCUGACAUGGACCUUGACCGCAACGAUCGAUAUUUGGCUACAAAGAAACCGUCGAAACGCCGUGCCCCAGCCACCGGCCAAAGGAACGGAAGGAAUAAGAAGAAAAAGAGCACCGAUGCGGAGGAUGUGGAAGAUCCGUUCCAUUUGGCGUUUGACGACGAGGAUGAACAACAGCAGCGGCCGGGCUCUUCCGACGCGGCACCACCAGCCGUGGAAGAGCCCGAGCUUGACAUCGAGGACCAGAAAGAGCUUUUCCCGGUUCUACGUCUCAGCGUCAUCUGUAAAUUGAUUGCGGCCGAUUCUCUGUCACUGACGCACCAGAGCCAACUUCUGACGCUUUUCGCCGACAUCGUGCGCACCCAUCUGCCGAAACGCGAGAAGCGGUUUACGGCUUUUUUGGCGAAAGACAACCGUUCAUUUGCGCUUCAUGGAUCGAUGGCCGAACAGUGGAGCCUCUCGCUGAGGACGGUCCCCCGGAUUUGCCAGACGAUCGCCCAGAUGAGAGUCUACUUCAAGGCGGACCAGGGCGACUCGAACGUGACGGACCAAAACCAUAGGGAGCACGCGAAGCGCAUCGGGGUGCUGCUGGCCGCGCUGCAGGGAUUGUCCGCUAUCCUCGACUACAAAGAAGCCGCUCAGGGUGAGAAGCGCGAAAAGCUGCUGAACAAGAUCGAGAAGGGUGCCGCGGAUUACCUCCAAAUUGCGGCUACACCAUCGCAGGACACCGGCGUCGUCGCCUGCCAGAUGGUCGCCCAGCUUUGCGAGGUUUGCCCAUCGAUCGACAUCGCCACGAUUCUCAGCGAGAUGGCCGUUGGGUUGUUGCCAGAGUGCACCGAGGCGUUGCGUCGGGAUUUCGCCCUCUACCUGCUCGGCUUCCUUCGCAAGGAGUGGACUGACGAGGGUAAGCCGCUCAAGGGCCCGCAAAUCGCCACCGCUGCCGCAACCAUUUUCCAAAAGUACAUCCAAAUUCGCGAGCGCGCUGAUCGACUGGUGGCGCUCGAGUGGUUGACGCUGGUCAAGGUCGCUAGAGUCACCAGCCGUAAAUCUGGCGCCGAGAAGGAUGCGACAACGGUGGCCGACCCGCUGAUCACCCCCGAGUCGGAUGGCAUUUUUCACAGCAUUUCCAAGGGUACCUUCACGGCAAUAUACCGCGCCGCGCUCACGUGUCUCAACGAGGUCGUCGACGAUGACUGGGCAAAGCCACACGCCGUCAGCAACCGAGCCCUGAAAGCCGACGAAGUCAUGGACAGAUGGGUGCAGGCGUCCAGCAUUUUUGCCGCCCUCUCCGCCAUGCUUCAGCACAAAGCCCUACGCACCAGCGGCAUGCUCUACGCAUUCUCCCGGGAAGGCCGUAAAUUUCUCCACAUGUUUACGAAGAAUAGCUCGUUCUUCCCGGUCUUCGAUAAGCACCUGGCUCAGCUGUCGCAAAAAGGCCACAAAACGCUGCGCGCCAUGCAAAUGGGCACCCGCUAUCUCAGCCAGAUCAGCCUGCACGCAAAGCAACACCGUUCAGCCGUCCUGUUGCGCUCGUUGCCCGAGAUUCGAGUGUGUACAGAGUCGUUCUUGCGCCAGGUCCAAACGUGGAUAACCCGAUGGGGAGUCGCCGACUCCGUGGAAUACGGCAUUCUGGUCGCCCGCAACAUUGAUGGCGAGAAAAUCCUGCCGAUUGACGAUGACGCGGCCGAUGAAGCGGCGGCCCCACCUCCCGAGACGCCGCCCCCGAAGAAGCAGCGCAAGUCGAAGGAUACAAGCGGCAAGACGGCGACCCAGGCACAGGCUCCUGAAGUCCGUGUGAAAACCGAGCCCGUAGAUGUCGAUGACAACAGCAGCGCCAUCCUC